CCGGGCGGUGCUGACAGCCGGAGCGGCGGCGGCGGGCGGGCCGAGCAGCCGGGGCAGCCGCGGGCACCGAGCCUCCGUCCCUGUCUGCCUCGCUCCCGGGCCUUUGUCACCGCGCCCGCGGGGAGCGGGCCCAGAGAGAGCCCGACAGACAGCCCCGCAGUCCAGCGGCCGGCCGAGGGCGACAGAGGGACCAUGUCUUACCAGGGCAAGAAGAGCAUCCCGCACAUCACGAGUGACCGACUCCUUAUCAAGGGUGGACGGAUCAUCAAUGACGACCAGUCCUUCUAUGCCGAUGUCUACCUGGAAGAUGGACUCAUAAAACAAAUAGGAGAGAACCUAAUUGUUCCUGGUGGUGUGAAGACCAUAGAAGCCAAUGGACGGAUGGUUAUUCCCGGGGGUAUUGAUGUUAACACGUACCUACAGAAGCCCGCCCAGGGGAUGACCACGGCUGAUGACUUCUUCCAAGGGACCAAGGCAGCACUGGCUGGCGGGACCACGAUGAUCAUUGACCAUGUUGUUCCUGAACCUGGGUCCAGCCUGCUGACCUCCUUUGAGAAGUGGCAUGAGGCGGCUGACACCAAAUCCUGCUGUGACUACUCCCUCCACGUGGACAUCACAAGCUGGUAUGAUGGUGUUCGAGAGGAGCUGGAGGUGCUGGUCCAGGACAAAGGUGUCAAUUCCUUCCAAGUCUACAUGGCCUAUAAGGAUCUGUACCAAAUGUCCGACAGCCAGCUCUAUGAAGCCUUCACUUUCCUUAAGGGGCUGGGAGCUGUGAUCUUGGUCCAUGCCGAAAAUGGAGAUUUGAUAGCUCAGGAACAAAAACGGAUCCUGGAGAUGGGUAUCACAGGUCCCGAGGGCCAUGCACUGAGCAGACCUGAAGAGCUGGAGGCCGAGGCCGUGUUCCGGGCCAUCACGAUCGCGGGCCGGAUCAACUGCCCCGUGUACAUCACCAAGGUCAUGAGCAAGAGCGCAGCGGACAUCAUCACCCUGGCCAGGAAAAAAGGUCCCUUGGUUUUUGGGGAGCCCAUUGCUGCCAGCCUGGGGACUGAUGGCACUCACUACUGGAGCAAGAACUGGGCGAAGGCAGCAGCGUUCGUGACCUCCCCUCCCCUGAGCCCGGACCCCACCACGCCCGACUACCUGACCUCCCUGCUGGCCUGUGGGGACCUACAGGUCACAGGCAGUGGCCACUGUCCCUAUAGCACUGCCCAGAAGGCAGUGGGCAAGGACAACUUCACUCUGAUCCCUGAGGGCGUCAACGGGAUAGAAGAGCGGAUGACCGUCGUCUGGGACAAGGCAGUGGCUACUGGCAAAAUGGAUGAGAACCAGUUUGUCGCUGUCACCAGCACCAACGCAGCCAAGAUCUUUAACCUGUACCCAAGAAAAGGGCGUAUCGCCGUGGGCUCAGACGCUGACGUGGUCAUCUGGGACCCCGACAAGGUGAAGACCAUAACAGCCAAAAGUCACAAGUCGGCCGUGGAGUACAACAUCUUCGAGGGCAUGGAGUGCCACGGCUCCCCACUGGUGGUCAUCAGCCAGGGCAAGAUCGUCUUCGAGGACGGAAACGUGAACGUCAGCAAGGGCCUGGGCCGCUUCAUCCCGCGGAAGCCUUUCCCUGAGCACCUCUACCAACGUGUCAAAAUCAGGAGUAAGGUUUCUGGAUUGCAAGGGGUUUCCAGGGGCAUGUACGACGGUCCGGUGUACGAGGUGCCAGCCACACCCAAAUAUGCAACUCCCGCUCCUUCAGCCAAAUCUUCGCCUUCCAAACACCAGCCCCCGCCCAUCAGAAACCUCCACCAGUCCAACUUCAGCUUAUCAGGUGCCCAGAUAGAUGACAACAACCCCCGGCGUACCGGCCACCGCAUCGUGGCACCCCCCGGUGGCCGCUCCAACAUCACCAGCCUCGGUUGAACGCUGUCGCGCGCGAGUGAGAGAUUCUGGGAAGGACGUCCAUUCCUCUUCCCGCCAGUGUUUUUGGAACCCACAGUUUUAGUUGGUACUGAUGGGGGAAACUGAGCGAUGUCCUUUCCUCUUUUGUUUAGGAAGAAGUGGUACUAGUGUGGUGUGUUUGCCUGGACCCCCUUGCCCACCGUGUGUGUUCACGCCGAGCCCACCGCAGAGCAUGGUGUUUUCAUCUCCCUUCCUAGUGAACGUGGGUUCUAGCAUUGUCGUGUACUGUCCCCCCACUUCUAACUGCAGUGGCUCCACAAUUCUCUGAGUGGUGGUUCCUUUGCACCCUGUAGCUGUUCUAGGAUAGUUGGUGCAUGUCCCUAGGUUAUGUAUGCAAGCCUGUGCGUGCGUCAGAUGCGAUGUCACCGAGGACUGAGGGAGAUGCGAAGCCAAGCCCCCAGGGCAAUUCCAAAACUCUUAAACAAAGAUGUGAGCUCAUUGCCCCCACCCCACAUCUACAGGAGAAAGAGGCCCGCCCCAGCCCGCCCCCAGUGAAAUCCGGUGCAUCCUCAGAAGGGCAGGGGCAGCCUUCCACUCGGUUGCAGAGAAACAGCGGCCCGUCCUGUCAGAUACCCCGCUCUCUGUGGCACGUGCACUCGCCAUGGCGUCUUUCCAGUCUGUGUGUGCUCUUCCAGCCAGCGCUGGGCUUCAGGCCAAGCCAGGUCACACUCAGAGAGGGGUCUCCUGUCCCCGUUCAGGGCUAACAGUUGCUGGGGCGACGGCUGCUCCCGGCUUGCCUGAGUUCUGGUCCCUCUGAGGCGGUUGACGGGGCAGUCAGGUUUUUAAAGUUUUGUACAAAGUUUUCCUUUGUAAUCACCCCCAUUUUUACUUAAAACUGACUUGUUGUGGCUCUUAUUUCCGAAUUCAAAGCUUGUGAAAAAAUAAAGAAAACAAACCGUGCUGACUG